AUGCUAGAGAAGCAAGCAGCAGCAUUGGAACAAGCAACAACAAAGCAGUCGAGCAGCGACGAAAGGAUUGAGCAGCUGAAGCGGAGUCUGGAUAUGGCCCAUUCUGAAGCUGCUAGAGCAAGGGCUAAGUAUGAGGAUGACUUGAGGACCACUCGAUGGGUGGUCGACCGGGUCACCAGGUUGGAAUUGCUGGUAGACCAGCUAAGGAAUAAAGAUGCGGCGAUCCGGCAAGAGUUGGGGAUAGAUCCGGAGCACGGCAUUUGGCGGGCUGCUGCAGGGAACGAUGCUGAUAGCGUUGCACCUCCUGUGGAGCCCCAUGUUCUUUCUCCUGAAAACCCGGGACACGCUGAUGAAGGGUAUGACGAUGAGUGGUGGGGCGAGCGUCAUGCCAAUGAGUACGUGGGGCUAGGUGGCGCUGAGAAGGGAUACUUCCAGUGGGAUGCGCUGGGACAUGGAGCUAGCCCGGAAGUUGAGGUGAAGAUACCUCAGCCUGCGUUCAAGUUACUGAAAGAUGCUCCUAAGCUGGACUUGUCUGCGGGGGGAGAGCCAUGGGAGGUUGGAAUGACAGUGCAUCAGUGGCGAGUUGAGACUAGGGCGGUCCUGACUGGCAUUCAUCCCAGUUUUGCAGAGUACUUCGAUAAGAUCUACGAUCAGGGGCGAAAGCGAUAUGAGGCUAAGAGGCUGACCGGAUUGGAGGAGCCAGUGCCAGAAGUUCUGGCGUCACAGGCCGAGAUGCACACGAGAUUGUCGCUGGCCCUCUUGAAGAAUCUUCCUUUGGCGGUUCGCCAGCCGGUGGUUGAAGGAUCGAUGUCGAAGAACGUUCGAUGCCUCUUGGUGCUUCAGAGCUUGCACGAAAGGUAUGCCCCUGGGGGGCGAGAGGAGCUGGAGUCCAUUCAGAGGGAUGGUGCUGCCGAUGCUGUCUGCCGAGAAGAGCUGCCCGAUCACCGCAGCCGACAUGGCAUGAAGGCCCCUUCCGUGAUAGGUGGCACUUCCAUUGGUGCAGGUGUGGUAACAUUCUUGACGCCGGAAGGUGCAAGCCGAGCUGUUACAGAGCUGGAUGCGACUGAAGUGGAUGGCCGACCCAUCUUGGUAAAACCAAACGAGCGCCAUUCUCGCAAAGGCGGUGGGAAAGGUCUCCGAGAAGCCCGCAUCUUCUGGGACGGUGUUCCGUAUUCCACCAACGAGGGAUUCUUGCGAAGAUCUUUCGAGCGGUAUGGGGACAUCAUUGAUUUCGAUUUCUGGAGAAGAAAAGACGGACGUUCUCACGGCAUGGGCACGUGUACCUACAGCCGAGUGGAUGAGGCAGAAGCAGCCAUUGAGAGCCUCAAUGGCAGUACCAUAGACGGGAGAAGUAUCUUAGUGCGGAAGGAUGAGAAAAGACCUGGGCCUGGACCCAAACCGGCAGAAGAGGAAGAAGUCUUGCGACCGGCCCGAAGCCGCGGCAAAGGCAAUGAGGACGAUGCUGGAGAUGGCACCAAAGUGUUUUGGAGUGGUGUCCCAAUUGGCACCACGGAGGGUUUUUUGCGCAGUCAGUUUGAGAGAGUGGGGACAAUUGUAGACUUCGACUUCUGGCGAAACCAGGAUGGCAGCUCCCUGGGAAAGGGAACUUGUAGAUUCGACCACUUUCGAGGGGCUCAGCGGGCGCUGCAGCGCCUCCACGGCUAUUCAAUCGACGGUGGCAUCAUGAUGCUGAAAGAAGACCAGGGAGGCAACAAAGGCGUGCUGCUGUAA